GCAGAUAGUGGACAGCACAACCUCAUCAGUUUUCCAAUUGCCUCCUGGUUGGUCUGUCAAAGAAUGUCACCGUAUUAACUCUCCGAGCAACCCCGGCCGUAUCGACAAGUACGAAUAUCUAAACCAUGCAAAACUUGAAAGCGUGGAACAUUUCUAAAGCAAGCAAAAAAAUUUAUGUAACUAUCCACAUAUUCGUGUACCUGAAUGAAUGGAUGUAUUACUACGAGCCUGAUUCUGGACGACGGUUUCGUUCCCUGAUAUCCAUUCAGAAAUAUCUGAGCGGGGAUACAGAAGACACAAUUAUGCCUAAGAGAAUGAAGUCUGACAAUAAAAAUUAUAUGCAAAUCGUACCCUUCAACACCAAGAGUGGCUCAUCGUAUGGACUGCCCGAUAAUUGGGUUGUUCAGGAAAGGCCUCGUAUUAGAGGCAGAAUCAUUGACAAGUAUUACAUUGAGACAGGGACUGGACUGUGUCUCCGUUCUCGGAUAGCUGUUGAGAGAUACCUUGCAGCAGGGAAAGAAGUUCCAUCCACAAGCAAUGCAAAAUCAGAUGAUCAAUUAACUGUGUGUUUGAUGAAUGAAGAUAUCUCUGAUGAGAACCAAUCCCUGAGCAUCAUAAUGAAACACCUUAGAGAGGCAGGAAAGCUUAAAUCUACACCCAUGUGUCUAAAACCAGACAGUCCAGCACCUUCAAAGAAUUCUAGCUUUGAGGAGAAACAUAGUUCUGACGCAGCAGUUAAUCCUUCAACACUUGAUUUUUCCAGCCUACCAGCAAAAGUGAAAUGGGUUCUUGGUGGCCCUGUAGGAAAUAUGUGGAAUCCUUUUGUGGGUGAAUCUGUGGUCCCAGAAUCUGUGAAGCAAGAAUGGUUUGAGACAUUUGUAGACUCUAUACAGUUACAGGCUACUGAUAAUGGAGGCGCCUGAAUUUAAGGCUGCCCUUUUUGGAGGUUCAGGUGAGGCCGGAUUCCAAGUUAACAUUAGUUGUGAAGCAGCCUGUAAAAUUGUUGAUAAAGUCUUCAACCUGGCAAAGUUACAAAUUGGAGGUGUAGGUGCAACCUUUUGAUGCUUUCCAUAUCAAUGUUUAGACAUGGAAUUAUAUAUGAAACUUGAUGAAGGCGUUUCAUGUUGCACCA